CAGUACUGAAAAUCUGUAGUUUACGUGAUAUACAAUAUUAGAACACAGCCAUCGUGUGCCGCAUACGUAAAUACGCAUUCACGUUUGUAGUUUGCUAACGUCAACUAAAAUACAUAUUUGUUUAUUUUGUAUGUACUUUCGGCAUAACGACAUAAAGUAGAGUUUUUUUGCGUAAUGUGAAAAAACAAGAGAUUUUUGCGAGUAUAUCUCAGGAAAGAAACGAAAUUGUUUUAAUUGAAAAUGUUCAAUCAAAACAAUACAUUAAGAACAGGAACGUCAAAUACAUCGAAUCCCAUGCAGGAUUUCGAAGUCGUUUCGCCACCGGACGAUUCCAUCUCUAGUCUGGCGUUCAGUCCGGCAUCCAUCCAACAGAAUUUCCUUGUAGCCGGUUCCUGGGAUUGCAAUGUUCGCUGUUGGGAAGUCGAGCAAUCUGGCAAGACGGUACCUAAAUCAAUGCAAAGCAUGGCAGCGCCUGUUUUGGCUGUGUGCUGGAGUGAUGAUGGAACUAAGGUGUUUAUGGCUGGAUGUGACAAAACGGCAAAGUGCUGGGAUCUGGCUACAAAUCAGAGCAUGCAGGUGGCAGCGCAUGAUGCACCUAUCAGGACAUGUCAUUGGAUAAAGGCUUCUUCAUAUUCGUGUCUAAUGACUGGUUCCUGGGAUAAAACGCUAAGAUUUUGGGAUUUGCGUAGUCCUAAGCCUGCAAUGACCAUCAACUUACCUGAAAGAUGUUAUUGUGCGGAUGUGGAUUAUCCGAUGGCAGUAGUGGGCACAGCUGCACGUGGAUUAAUAGUUUACCAACUGGAAGGUAGUCCACGCGAAUACAAACCAGUUGAGUUGAGCUUGAAGUAUCAAUAUCGUUGCGUAGCAAUUUUCAGAGACAAAAAGAAAGUCCCGACUGGUUUUGCAAUUGGAAGCACAGAGGGACGUGUAGCAAUUCAUCAUCUGAAUCUUAGUACGAAAGAAAAUUUCACAUUUAAAUGUCAUAGAACUAAUGGUACACCAAAUGGAUAUCAGGAUAUUUAUGCGGUUAAUGACAUAGCAUUCCAUCCAGUACAUGGUACUGUAGCAACAGUAGGUGGUGAUGGUACAUUUGGUUUCUGGGAUAAAGAUGCACGUACAAAGUUAAAAUCAUCUGAAACAAUGGAGCAACCCAUUACAUGUUGUUGUUUUAAUCACAAUGGACAGAUAUUUGCAUAUGCUGUUUCUUAUGAUUGGUCCAAGGGACACGAAUACUAUAAUCCAGCAAAGAAGAAUCAAAUCUUUUUGAGACCAUGUUAUGAUGAAUUGAAACCAAAAGCUUCACCUUAGGCUUAUCGAUUCCAAGAUAAUGUGUGAAUUCAAAUGUAAUCACGAGGAUUUACACAUUUUUCAGUAGAUUAUAAUAUUUUACUGUUUUAUUCUUUUUUACUUAAAAUUGUUAAAAUAUAAAAUUAAUAGCAGGUUACUUAUGCG